AUGGCGUGCGUGGCCGGCUGCCGCUGCUGCACGGAGCGCCGGAGGCAGAGCAGCAUCCUCUACAACAUCCUGAAGAGCGAGGAGCAGAAGGAGGCAGCGCGGCAGCCGCCGCCGCCGCAGGAGCCUCCGGGGCCGGGCUGCUCGUGCGGCUCGAGGCGGCGCGUGGCCCUGCGCAGCCCGCAGGUGGCGGGCAAGGCGGCCUCGGCCGUGCUGGUGAAGACCCUGCGCUUCGUCAAGAGCGUGCCCUGCUUCCAGGAGCUGCCGCUGGACGAGCAGCUGGUGCUGGUGCGCAGCUGCUGGGCUCCCCUGCUGGUGCUGGGGCUGGCCCAGGAGCGGGUGCACUUCGAGACGGUGGAGACCGCGGAGCCCAGCAUGCUGCAGCGGAUAUUAACCGACCGGCGGCAGGAGCAGCAAGGGCAGCAGCACCCCCAGAGCAGCAGCCCGCAGCUGCCCUCGGCCGGCGAGAUCCAGGCCAUCAAAGGCUUCCUGGCCAAGUGCUGGAGCCUGGACAUCAGCACCAAGGAGUACGCCUACCUCAAGGGGACUGUGCUCUUCAACCCGGAUCUGCCAGGGCUGCAGUGUGUACAGUAUAUCCAGGGACUGCAGAGGGAAGCACAGCAAGCUCUAAAUGAACACGUCAGACUGAUUCAUCGAGGGGACCAGGCCAGAUUUGCCAAGCUGAAUGUUGUUCUUUCCUUGCUGAGAUCCAUUAAUGCUAACGUAAUUGCUGAACUAUUCUUUAGGCCCAUCAUUGGAACGGUGAACAUGGAUGACAUGCUGCUGGAGAUGCUUUGUGCAAAGUUAUAAAGGCAUGUAUACAAAUAAAUC